GACACAGUAAACAUUGAUUUGACAACCUGAUCCCUUCUGCCAUCCUCUGAAUGAAGUUAAUAAGUAUGUCGAUCUGUCAGUGCGAAAUAGGCCUAGGCUACAGUGCGUACAAACACUGAUCUACGAGCAGAUAGACUUCCCACCAAUGACAUUUCGGUUACUCACCGACCUGUCCAAUUGGCUAGAGUUGUGCUAUCUCAUCUAGCCUAUCCUGCCAUGCCCAGCGGUGUGUGUGGAUGUCAAACACUACUGACUAACAGCUGUCUCGGCAUUGCCUCUAACAAUGGACUUUGAAACGAAGAUUUAUACCAAAAUCGGUGGAUAUGGACGAUAUAACAGAAUUGUUUCCAUAUUCAGCUGGUUUCCGAACUUUGCUGUGAUUCUGAAUCUUUUUUGCGACGUUUUUUAUACCCUGAUUCCCGGGUCGUACCACUGUAAACCCGACCCGACACUUUUACCUUCGGGUUUUCUUUUCAGUAAUUAUUCCAGACAAGGGUAUCUCAAUUUUACCAUACCGUGGGUGAAUGGUUCUGGACUGAGUCACUGUGAACUUUAUAAGUACCCUAGAAACGUCUCCAACUUCAUAGACAGCAUUCCAAAGGAGAUCGUGCCAUGUACGAGAGGAUGGGAGUACGACCAAGCUGCGGCACUUCAGAGCAACUACGUGACAGAGUGGAACCUAGUGUGUGGUGACUACUGGAAGAUUCCUCUGCAGCACAUCUGCUUCAUGACAGGGUGGAUUGUGGGAUAUGUCCUCCUGGGCACAGUGUGUGACUGGUUGGGUCGUCGACAGGGCUUCCUGCUGUCUGUGUCUCUGUCCGGUCUGUUAGGAGUAACUGUGUGUCUGUCCAACAGCCCUGUAGUGUUUCUGCUGCUACGCCUGUCUCAGGGCGCCAUGUUGGCUGGGGUCUUCCUCUCCUCUUACCUCGCCAGACUGGAGCUGUGUGACCCUCCCCAUCGGCUCAUGGUUGAAAUGGUCAGUGGUUUCUUUGCCAUCGUGGCAGAGCUCUUGUUGCCAGGGCUGGCAGUGCUGUGUCGUGAUUGGCCAGUUCUUCAAGCAGUGGCUACCUUGCCACUGCUCCUGCUGCUCUCCUAUUGGUGUUGUCCAUCAGUGUUUCCCGAGUCUCCCCGCUGGCUUCUGGCCACAGGUCAGAUCCACCAGGCUAAGAGGUGUCUCCAGAGCUUCUCCACCAGGAACAGAGUGUAUCACCGUGAGGAUAUCUACGCUGCAGAGAACCUGCUCUCAGAGAUAGAUGCGGAGUACCCAGAUUAUACCCAGCCUUGCUACCACUCAGUCCUGGAGUUGCAUUCCACCCGAGUGAUCUGGAGGAACUGCCUCAUCCUUAGCUUUACUAUGUUCAUAGGCACAGGCAUCCAGUACUGUUUCAUCAGGAACCUCCACAGCUACUCCCACAACUUCUACUUUAGUUACUUCCUGCGUGUGCUGACUGGAGCUCUGGGAUGUAUCUUCCUCUGCCUGUCCGUCAACCGCUUUGGUCGCCGUGGUAUCCUGCUUCUGUCUGCCAUUAUCACCGGCCUGUCCUCGCUGCUGCUGCUGGCCCUCACACAGUAUCUUUGUGGAGCGCUGGUGUUGGUGCUGUCUGUGUUGGGGCUCCUCUUCUCCCAGGCCCUGGCCAUGCUCAGUGCAUUCUUCGCCAGUGAGGUCAUGCCCACCGUAGUCCGUGGUGGUUGUCUGGGGCUGGUGCUUGCGUCUGGCUGUAUGGGGAUGGCUGCCUCCUCUAUGAUGGAGCUCCAGAACAACAGGGGUUACUUCCUCCACCACGUCAUCUUCGCCUCCUUCGCCGUCCUCUCGGUGCUGUCCAUCAUGCUGCUGCCGGAGAGCAAGCGCAAGCCGCUACCCGACUCCCUGAAGGACGGAGAGAGCCAGCGACGGCCCCCUCUCUUCCUGUCUCGUGAAGACACCCUGCCCCUGCUCUAUACCCGGCGUGGAGCCUCCGAGUACAACCCUGAUAACUACUCCCGCCUGGUCUCCGCCACCAGGAAGAUGCUCAUCAAAGACAAUUUACCCUAUAAGAUGGUUGUGCCCUCCCAGUCCCCGCUGCUGCCUUCCAACAGUGAGGUGCACUGCAUGCUGGAGGGAGAGGCACUAAGAGAGGACUUAUCUUAGACGCCUAUAACUACCAUCAUCCAUUCUCCUCUCCCACAGAGUAACCUCACCUCAAACCCACUGGAUAUCUCUCCCUGGUAUCAUCCUGGGCUAGCUGGCUGGUUCCCUUUCACCAGACUGAGACAGUGUGAUCCAGACUCGUAUCGCUCUGAACGACGGGUCUUCUUGGAUAUUUUGAAGGGGAGGAGAGUUGGAGAUGUGUGUAUUUACUGUGUCAGUCUUUUUUGUUGUUGUGCCAAGUGUUUCAAACAAUACAAAAAAACGAUCUGUGGUUGUGCGCUUGCACAGACUCUACUGAAACACUGUGCGCUUGUCCUUUGUUUUUGUACUGAUGGAGAUCUGCUGUUUCUAAGACGGUGUUAACACCCUCUCUUCUCCAGGUUGUGCAGCAUGGAGCUAUGGCUUUAUUAACCACUGAGGCUAAAUGCUCACUUGAGAAGCGUUGCUUGUCCACUUAACUGGUGACUCGUGCUUUUCAUUACUGCUGUAUUGUGCCUGUGACUGCAACGAGAGAGAGCAGAGUCCUGACUGUUACUUCAUCUGAUUCACUGGUGACUCAACGAGGGGAACUCACAGAUAGAAGUCAGUUUGGCUCAAACUGCAAUGUAUUGUAGCCAAUUGUUUGAUUUUUGGGGGGGAACUUAAUAAAGUAUCAGUCACUGAUAAUAUGAACUAAGCUAUGAAAGGUCAUUUCAUCCUGUCCACUUGUUGGACAUGUUUUAAGAACAUGAGAUAUUGUCUCGUGAUGAUUUGCACCAGGAACAAAGUUGUUAAAAUUAUUGAAAUGUGAUCAGGUCAUGACCUCUACUCUGAGUCAUUAUAACCUUUCAAAUGGGACUUUACCUCACUGUGCUUAGUUGUAUCAUGUCCGUCUCUCUGCCUUAAACUGUGAACUUUCCUGUUCAAAGAAGGCAGUUGCUAGGACAUGAUACUUAACAUUCUAUAAGUAAUUUAAUUAAAUACAUUUUUAUCAACUAUUAAACCACAUUUCACUGCUCUUUUUGGUAUUUGACUGUGGUUUGAGGUUUGUGUUGCCCUUCUUGGCCUGGCUGUGGAACUGUUUUACAUUAUUGUUGGAUAGGAUGUUCACACUCUUAACUCAUUCGCUCUUCCUUUUUCAUCCCCCUCUCUUUUGCUUGCAUGGGAACAUAGCCCCUUGUACAGUAAGUUUAUUAGGAAAAAAUAUAAAUGCAGCUGCUCAACUUUUCCCCACAGCGGACAAUAUUCUGUCCUUCUAAAAAAUCACUAUAUUAAAUUAUAUUAUUUUCAGCUAUGAAUAAGUUGUCUGACUCUCGAAAGUUCAAAUUGAGUUAUUUGGAAGCUGAGGCCGUACAGUGUUGAUUUACUGUUUGCCCCUCUUCACAUGCCUCAUAGAAAAAUAAAUAGAAUAAUAAUGUCCUCAAGCAUCAAGUAAAGAGAUGCACAACUUCCUUUCAGAUUAUGGAAAACGAACAGACCCGACCAGGACAUUUUCAACAAUGCUAUUCCGCUUUCGACAUCAAUGGGGUUUUAACGAGGUCACUGGGCGUUGAACUAAGGUUUCUGUAGUAUUCUGAAGCUGAUCCAUUUCUAUUUUUAACUUUUAUUCGCUUGCUCGCCUCACUUUUCAAAAAUGAAAUCCGUUAAACAGUAAGUUUGAAUGGCUGAAACUGAAAAUGUUUUAAGUUCUGCUCUGUUUCAUAUGUCUGAUACAAUGCUUACCACAAGAUGGUGCUGUUCUCUUGUAAAUGUAUUGAAUGUACAAAAUCCACCAUUUUUCUUUCAACUUUGUGUUAUGUUUUAUCAACAAAGUCAGAUUUUUAUAUUUUGAAGAAUUGGAAAUGUAUUUCAGUGUAAAUAAAAUAAGAGGACUUCGAGU